AUGUCGACGAGAGGCGAAAAGGAACCUUAUCGAGAGAAUGGCAAUCGCAUCGCUACCGUGUUGUUCUAUAAAGAGGAAAAGAACGCGUUCAAGUCCCUCAACACUGGAAAUAGAAUCGCGACCGUGUUGUACUACAUGACACAGCCAGAACGAGGAGGGGCGACUGUUUUCAAUCACCUCGGCACCGCUGUGUUCCCAUCGAAGUUUGACGCGCUCUUCUGGUACAAUCUGUUGAGAAGCGGUGAAGGAGACUUGCGCACGAGGCAUGCUGCUUGUCCAGUGCUGCUCGGCGUAAAAUGGGUGUCGAAUAAGUGGAUUCACGAACGCGGACAGGAAUUCACUCGUCCUUGUGGCUUGGAUGAAGACGUUCAAGAGUACUUUGUUGGAGAUCUCACUCCUCAUUCUCGCAAAAAGAUAAGCAAUUAA